AUGAAUUUAAUUUUACAAAGUGUUGGAAUUAAUUAUGAAUUAUCUGAAUAUACUAUCAUUCAGAAUACUUUACAUACUCUAAAACAUGACCAUAACUUUGAUAAUUCAACUAAUGACACUGAUGACGAUGAUGAAGAAACUCAAUUUGAAAACCCAUCCAAUGUCUCCGAAGAUACUCAAAUUGACCAAAUGCUAUUGCAACAUCAACGUUGUAUUACAAUGAAGCAUAAUUUACCAAGUUGUCUUAAUGGAAACCAAUUAAUAUUCGAGGAUGAAGAAUUAGAGCAAGAUUAUGUUAGAGCUGAAACAUUAAAUGGAAUAGAUGCUAGUCGAAUUCAUGCCAGACUUUUUAAUCGAAAGCCUGAUUCUGAUCGCGAAUUUACACCAAUAAUGGUUAAUGAUAAAGCACAAUUUGCGUGUGAACAAAAUAUUAUUGUUAGUGUUGAAAAUAGUAUUGUAAAUGCUGAAAAAAUCAUGAAAAAUGCAAAAAAGCUAGAAAUGGAUGAUGAUAAUAGUACUUAA